GGGCGCCAUGGAGGAAGCCUGGGCUGCGCCUCGGUUGCUUUUGGGGCUGGUCCUGGCAGAGCUGCACAGGGUUGUGGCAGCACUGCCUGAAGCUAUGAGACAAGAUUCUAAUCCUUAUGGUUUUCCAUGGGAAUUGGUGAUAUGUGCAGCUGUUGUUGCUGUACUCAUUUUUUUGUGGAGAGGUUUUAGAUCGGUUAGACGUCGGCUUUACGUGGCAAGAGAGAAAGACCUUGCUGCAAAAUUUUCUGGACUAUUUGAAGAAAAAUGUAAACUACUUGAAAAAUUGAGCCUUGUAAAAGAAGAGUGUGAAGGCUUAGAGUCGUCUUUAAAGGAUGCCAGUUUUGAAAAGGAGUCAACAGAAGCACAAAGUUUGGAGGUAAAAGAAAAAAUGGCAACCUGUGAAAGGCUGGAAAGGUCCAAAUCUGAACUUGAGGAUGAAAUAUUCUGUCUAGAAAAAGAGUUAGAAGAAGAGAAAUCUGAGUAUUCUGAACAAGAUGAAUUGAUGGUGGAUAUUUCAAAAAGGGUGCAGUCCCUAGAAGAUGAAUUAAAGUCUGUCAAAUUACAAGCAGCUGAAACCAAAACAACCCUGAAGAUAUUUCAGAUGAAUGAAGAACGACUUAAGAGAACAAUAAAAGAUGUAUUGAAUGAAAAUUCUCAACUUCAGGAAAGGGAGAAACAGCUUUUACAAGAAGCUGAAUUAUGGAAAGAACAAGUGAAUGAACUUAAUAAGCAGAAAAUAACAUUUGAAGACUCUAAAGUACAUACAGAACAAGUUCUAAAGGAUAAAGAAAAUCACAUCAAGUCUCUGACUGAACGCUUGCUAAAGAUGAAAGAUUGGGCUGCUGUGCUUGAAGAAGACGUAACAGAUGAUGUUAACCUGGAAUUAGAAACAUUGAAGAGUGAAUCAGAAAAUGGUGCUCACUUAGAUAAUCAGCCAAAAGGAGCUUUGAAGAAACUGAUUCAUGCUGCUAAGUUAAAUGCUUCUUUAAAAACUCUAGAAGGAGAAAGAAACCAAAUUUACACUCAGUUGUCUGAAGUAGAUAAAACAAAGGAAGAUUUUGCAGAGCAUAUUAAAAAUCUCCAGACUGAACAAGCAUCUUUACAGUCAGAAAAUACACAGUUUGAAAGUGAGAAUCAGAAGCUUGAACAGAAACUUAAAGUAAUGACUGAACUGUAUCAAGAAAGUGAAAUGAAGCUACACAGGAAAUUAACAGUUGAGGAAAAUUACCGGUUAGAGAAAGAGGAGAAACUUUCCAAAGUAGAUGAAAAGAUCAGCUAUGCUGCUGAAGAGCUGGAGACCUAUAGAAAGCGAGUCAAAGAUCUUGAAGAAGAAUUGGAGAGAACCAUUCAUUCUUAUCAAGGGCAGAUUAUGUCCCAUGAGAAAAAAGCACAUGAUAAUUGGUUGGCAGCUCGAACUGCUGAAAGAAAUCUCAAUGAUUUAAGGAAAGAAAAUGCUCACACCAGACAAAAAUUAACUGAAACAGAGUUUAAAUUUGAACUUUUAGAAAAGGAUCCUUAUGCACUUGAUGUUCCAAAUACAGCAUUUGGCAGAGAGCAUUCCCCAUAUGGUCCCUCACCAUUGGGCCGGCCUUCAUCUGAAACGAGAGCUUUUCUCUCUCCUCCAACUUUGUUGGAGGGUCCACUCAGACUUUCACCUUUGCUUCCAGGGGGAGGAGGAAGAGGCUCAAGAGGCCCAGGGAAUUCUCUGGACCAUCAGAUUACCAGUGAAAGAGGAGAGUCAAGCCAUGAUAGGUUAACUGAUUCUCAUAGGGCACCUUCUGACACUGGGUCCCUGUCACCUCCAUGGGAGCAGGACCGUAGGAUGAUGAUGCCUCCAUCAGGCCAGCCAUAUCCUGAUGCAACUCUUCCUCCACAAAGACAAGACAGAUUUUAUUCUAAUUCUGGCAGACUAUCUGGACCAGCAGAGCUCAGAAGUUUUAAUAUGCCUUCUUUGGAUAAAAUGGAUGGGCCAGUGUCUUCAGAUAUGGAAUCCAGUAGAAGUGAUACCAGAGAUGAUCUUAAUUCAAAUGUGCCGGAUUCAUCUCUCCCUGCUGAAAAUGAAGCAACUGGCCCUGGCUUUGUUCCUCCACCUCGUCCUCCAAUCAGAGGUCCAUUAUUUCCACUGGAUCCAAGGGGCCCGUUCUUGAGAAGAGGACCUCCUUUUCCUCCACCAGUAAACAUGUAUGGAGCUUCUGGAGACUAUUUUCCACGAAGGGAUUUCCCAGGUCCACCAUAUCCUCCAUUUGCAAUGAGAAAUGUGUAUCCACCGAGGCGUUUUCCUCCUUAUCUUCCUCCAAGACCUGGAUUUUUCCCCCCACCCCCGCAUUCUGAAAGUAGACGUGAGUUCCCUUCAGGGUUGAUUCUGCCUUCAAAUGAGCCUGCUACUGAACAUCCAGAACCACAACAAGAAGCCUGAUGAUAUUUUUGCUCUCUUCAAAAGUAAUUUUGACGUAUCUCUCAUUUUCAAUUUAAGUAACUGCUGUUACUUAAGAGAUUAUACCAUUGCUCAAAUUGAAGCUUAAUGGAAUUAUAUAAUUCUCAGGAUUAUAUUUUGUAAAUAAAGAUGAUUUAAAUAUGAAUCUUAUGAGUAUAUUAUUUCUAUUUUAUUUUAUUCUAGAUAAUAUAAUUAUUUUAAUUUGGCUAGCAAAUCCACUAUUACAUAAGCAAUAGUGGGAGUUUUAUAUAUGUAAUCUUGCAGGUGGGGAUGUUUUAAAUUCCAAAGGCUGUGUCUUUAUGCCAAGAACUAUGGUUGUAGACAAAUGUGAAAGUAACUUUAUGCUUUAUUGAAUAAAUUUUAGUCAAUUUAAAGACUUUUUUGACAUUGAUAAUAAUAAAAUCAGCUAGUUUUUCUAUAA